AUGUUAACUAUACUAUCGAGGAUAAGGUAUCAAGCGCCGUUGCAGUUGGUACGAUCAUGUACGCCUUUAAGAAGAUUUGGAAAUGUCCAGGUUCCAUUUCAAGAUGAUUUGAAUUCAAUGGAAGAUGAUGAUUUAAAUCUUGGUGAUUUUAAACAUUAUGAAGAAUCACCAGCAAUGAUUGCCAAAAAGUUAGAGUUAUUACAAGAAACAAGAGAAGAUCAUACUAAAGAUGUUGUGAAUCAACUGUCUUCUCCAGAGAUUACCCUGUCUUUGGAAGAAUUUACCAAAUUGAAAGAACCAGUUGUAUUCGUUUCCAAAUUAACCAAUCCAUAUUUGAAUCUAGCUAUAGAAGAUUUCAUCUAUAACGAGAUGCCAAAGCCCGAGAUAACAACGUCAAACUAUAACAGAUUAAUGUUUUAUAUAAAUUCUCCCUGUGUGGUUAUAGGAAAGAAUCAAAAUCCAUGGAAAGAAGUCAACUUACCAGUGUUGAAUUCUUUAAGUAUACCAUUAGUGAGGAGAAGAUCAGGAGGUGGAACUGUAGUUCAUGAUUUGGGUAAUGUUAAUUAUUCAUUCAUGACUACCAAAGAGAAAUUUGAUAGGUUUACAUUUGCGAAUCUUGUUAGAGAUUCUCUUAAUUCAAUUCCUAAUUCAAAAUAUUUUAUAGAAGUUAAUGAAAGAGGUGAUAUAACCACCAGUAAACAAGACGAUGGGAUCAAUUAUAAGGUCAGUGGUUCAGCAUAUAAGUUAUCAAAGGGUAAAUCUUAUCAUCAUGGUACUAUGUUAUUAAACCUGAGACUUGAUGUAUUAGGAAAAUUAUUACAUAGAGAUGAAACCAAAUUGGGAGUAGUUGAUUCGUCAAAUUCUAUUGAUUCAGUAAAAUCUAAAGUGACAAAUUUGGAAAUUACAGAGGAACAGUUCAUCAAUGCUGUUGCUGAUAGGUUUAGAGAUGAAUUCGGCAAUGCUAUCCCGGCUGAAGAUGAACCAAUAACCAAAGAUGAAUACGAUCAAGAUGAAUUAUUUGGAUUAAAGGAUUUUGUUGAAGCCAAUGCUGUUAAUAAGACAGCUAAGAUAAUAACCAUAGAUGAUAACAUGAGUCUUCCUCAGACAGUGUUAGAUGAUGCUAAAGAGUUGAAACAAUGGAGUUGGAGAUUUGGAUCCACUCCUAAGUUCAGUCAUGAAAUAAUUAAUAAUAAAUUUGGAUUUAAAGUUAGAUUCCAUGUUGGUAAGCAUGGUGCGUUGACAAAUUAUGAACUUUCAUUCUUUGAUAUUGAAAUGAGAUUAUUAUCGGUUGAGAAGAUCAAAGAAAGUUUUGAAUUCCUUGAAUUACAUAUUAAAGAUAACGCUUUAGAGUAUACCGGAAGUAAUGUGGCUGGAUUCAUCACUAAUGAUAUGAUUAGUGAUUGGGUUGGUCAAUGUAUCGAUGGGACAAUAUAG